AUGCCAUCGCCCGAAUCCCAGUCCGCGGAACAGGGAGAUAGGAAUGGGCUCGAAGAGCCAAACGCCCGCUUGAGCAAAGUCGUCACAAAGAAGAUGAGCCGUGUAAUAAAACCAAACAUGAACGUACACGAACGUCCAUCCCCGCUUCAGCCAACUAGGCAGAGUCCCUCCGAGACCAGCCCCAUUCGCAGCCCGCGUCACCCCAGCUUCAACAAAAAUCCCCACAGCCUGCAGCAAGAAAAACGCCAUGGGCCCCCUCACCGGUCUCGUCUCGCCAGUCGCAGUAAAACUCCCACUGCCAUGCACAACGCCACUCAGAAAGAACGCCACAAAAAGCUGCAACGCCUUCGCGGCCACACCUCUCUUAUCCCACCCCAACCCCUCAAUAACCUUGCGACUAGGUUCCUGGAACGCAAACCGAAAAGUCUGAUGCCACCAACUGCCCCACCACCCCGCGAGCCCUUUAUCCAAGACAACGCUGUACGGCGCCCACGUCUCAGGAUACAUCCAGGGUUCUGCGCGGGCGCCGAGGAGGGAGGGGGAGAGGGCGCCGCUGAAGAAGAGGGGGCCGAGGGCGAAGAUGGUUUGGAGGGCGUAUUUUACGGCGAGCAUGCUGAGGAGGAGGUGGUAUGUGUGUGUUAG